UUCAGGCCUUGGGGAAGAUGGCGGCCCCGGGGGACGGUCGGGAGUCCCCUCAUGUCCCAUCCCCUGUCAGUCUCGAGUCACCGGGGACACCUGGAGCCCACCAUCACGAGGCACGGCUUCACCUCCACGGUCAUCAACACGGUACUUACGCUGCUGCUGUGCUCCCGCCUCACUCCCUCCAUCUCCCCGCACCGUCUGCCCCGGUGCCACCGACACCAACACUGACACCGACCCUGCGGGCAGAAAACGAGGCAGUUCCCUGGUGCUAGGGCGCCUGCAGCCUCAGGCUUGGGUCGGGACCUGGGCAGGAGUGGUUGAGGCUAAGGGCCGAGCCGUGUGAGCGAAGGCUCCCUCGGGGACAGUUCCGUGGGACUAUCUUUCUUUGGUGGGGGGAGUCAGGGGUGAAAAGAAAAGCAGCCUCUGAGGCCAGGCCCUGCAUGACAGGAGCAAGUCAUCUCAUCUCCGUUGCAGCCUUUGUUUCCAAACCAGGAAGGCAGCAUCCGGAGUUCUGGGCAGGCUGGAUUGGGUGGAGGCCCCCAGGGACCUGUAGGGUUGGAGUCCCUGGCCUUGUCCCACGCCCCUGGCAGAGUUGGGGUGUCGAGGUGUGGAAGUAGUGGACCAGUCAGGAGGAUGUCCAAGCCCUGUGACACGUGGUGCCCCUGGGCUCUGGCUGCCCUGGUGCCACCAACACCAACACUGGCUGGGGGAGUCCCAGGGGUUCCAUCCAUGUCCCACAUUCCACAGGAGGCCUGGUCUCACUCAUCUCACAGCUAGAGACACAAAUGAGCUGGUGACAGCCAGGACCAGGGCCCUGAUGCGGUCUGUCCCACUCGGGGCGAGUCCCAGCAGCUUGCACCACUGUUCUGAAGAGUUGGCACUGAGCCCGGGCUGGGCCCACUCUGUGUCCAGGGUUCUUGCUCUUGGUGGGUCUUGGCAUUGUGGUGAAUGACGUGUUGACAGCUGAGAUUCAUCGAGCAGCAGCUAUGCUGUAUACCACACUCUUUGCCGAGGGCUCUCUGUGGAUUAUCUUGACGUCCAGGGACAGCCCUCCCAGGUGGGCAUUGACAAAUGAGGACAGUGAGACUCAGAGAGGUCAAGGGGGUAGCAUGAGGUCACACAGCUUGGCAAUGUGGGAUUCACCCCAGGUCAACCCAGGACCUGGAUGGGAACUCCUAGCCAUGCCCAGUGCUGUGCCCAGUUCCAGGAACCCUCCUGACCCCCUGUGUGUCCCUGUGGUGGGUCAGGCUAGGACACGUGGGUAAGGAGCUGGGUGCUGCCUGAAAGGAGCCUAGAGCCCACCCAGCACAUAAGCUGUGCAGGCUUUUGCUGGACCCGCUGCCUCUCCCUCCACGGUAGUUUCCAGGCCUUGCCCAGGGCUCCCAGCCUUGUGCACCCAUGCUCUCCAACUGCUGUGUAGCCCAAGUUUUGAGGUCCACAUUUCACAUCCACUCUCUCAUGUCACCCUCACAGCAAUCUAGCAAGGUAGGGCCUCCUGUCGCCAUGUUUCUGAUGGGGACACGGCAGCCCAGACAUGAGCCAGGGGAAGCCAGCAGGACUCAGACCACAUCAGUCUGACUCAAGCCCACGCCCUCCACCCCACAUUGGGCCCCAGCAAGCUGUGGCUCCUCCUCUUGGGGAGGUGGGCUUGGGACGGGGAGGGGCUGCCCUGGAGGAUAUGCCAACCCAGCUAGUCCAGCAGGAUUACAGGGCUGCUGCCCAGGAUGCAGGUCCCAGAGCCCAUGUGGAGGGACUGCCCCUGACCUGAUCUCUGCCAGCCAUGGGCAGCAAGAGCCCAGAAGGCUGGGCUUGGGUCCCCUGAGCCACAUCCAAGUGCCCUAAAGUGCCUGGGGCUUUCCCCAUGGGAGGGAGCAGGCUGCAGCCAGCAACUUCAGCCCUCACUGUGCCAUACCAGACACAGAGGUGGGGGUACCUUGUCUGCAAGGAAAACAACCAGGGUUGACCCUAAAGAAGAGAGAUGUGAGGCCACCGGGCAGGCCCUUUUGCCUGGUACCAGCCAGGCCCUGGAGGGGGUGCCAUGGAGGGUAGGGCUGGGGGGUGUGGUUGAGGAGAGGUGGCCGAGGUGUGAUGGAGCCCAGGGAGGUCCACAGGUGGCCAGAGGCAGGAGAGGGGCUGCAUUCAUUCCCUCCUCGGGAAGACAGGCCCACAUGGAGAGCUGGGCCCAGCGUCCGGCUGUUGCCGAGGGUGGAGACCACCCCCCGCAGUCUCUCGAGCUCAUUUCCUCUGUGGAUUGGUUCCUCGGUGCUCCAGGAUGCACAGAUGCUUCUCAGGAAAGACCCCAGCGCUUCAGGGACCUGCCAAGGGCCCUCCAGCUGGUGAGGCCAGGACUUCUGGAGCCCCAGCCCCCUGAUUCCCAGGCCAGAGUCAGGUGAUGGGCCAGAAAGAGCAUUCUGGGGCUCCACCCUGAGGAGCUGGGGUCCCUGCUGCCCACUCCAGGCCCGGCUUUCAGCAGUCUCCCAAAUCCACCUCGCACAUGUGGUCAUUUCGAGAACCAGUUUCUAAACCUCUGCAGCUGGGCACGGUGGUGGAUGCCAGGGCUACGAGAGGGUUGGGAACACAGGGCGUCCUUCGAGGGUGAGCCCUUUGUUCUCUGGGAGGUGGGGGCAGGGUGGGCAUGAAGCUGGGGCUGUGCAGCAAGCUCGAGGCCACCCCCAAGCCUCCGGCGCAGGAAGGUCAGGCGGGUGUGGUGCGGGCAGUGGGCAGAGCAUGGUCCUCUCCUAGCACCCCCCGCCCCUCCCACAGACACACUUCUGGAGCCCAGGCUUCGCUGGACUGCCCAAGGGGCUCCUUGGGGACUGGUACCCCAAGGCUGCACCCACCAGACCCAGUGCUUCCAGAGAGUUCUGGAAGGUUUAGUCACAAAUCCUGCAACAGGAGGGGCAGUCUGUGAGCAGAACAAGUGCUGGAGUAGGGCUGUGCUGGGGCCUGCAGCCUGAGGUGCGUGGGAGCGCGUGGCCAGGGCAGCGCCACCCCAGCACUGGGGGCAGUCUCCAGAUGGGGCCUGAGACUGAGCUCGUGCCCACUGGCCAUGCCCUGCCCCAGCUAGCUCCUCCCUAUGUCCGGCCCAAGCAUGCAAUUCUGUGCCAUUUGACAAACAAGGAAAGCUUCCAGCCAGGAGAGCACCCACUGCCCUCCCUCCAGAGGGCCAGCCCCAGCAGUGCAGCAUCCCCCUGAGUCUGAGCCUGGUGCUUUGGCUGAAGUGGAACAUGCCUGUCGCUGUUGCUGGGUCCCCCAGCUGCAGCCCCAAGGUGCGCUCUCAGCCACCACAGGAGGAGGAGCUGUCAGACCUAGAUUUCCAAGAUGUGGAGGAGGUCCAGAUCGGCAGAGACGCCUGCUGGCCAGAUUCUGAGUCGGAGCCUGAGCAGGCUCUGCCAUCUCCCAACUCACAUGAUCCUGAAGAUGAGGUGGACCGGGACCGGGGGGCACUGAGGACCCUGCUGAGGAACCUUCCCCGUAGACCCACAUGUGGGGACAGCUUUGGGCAGGAGUCCAGCUUGGAGCGCCCAGCAGGUCAGCCGCCAGGGGCCAUGGCCUGCUCCCGGGAGAGGGGCACCUGGCGCAUGACGCUCAUGUCACAGGGAGCCUCUGAGACCGAGGGGGGCCCCGAGCGGGCCGCCGAGCUGGGGGGCAGCUUUGGCCGGGGCUCGGCCCUUGGGGCCCGACAGGGCGGCCCACGGGGUGGGAAGCCUCACAGGUGUGAGGCCUGCGGCAAGAGCUUCAAGUACAACUCGCUGCUGCUGAAGCACCAGCGCAUCCACACGGGCGAGAAGCCCUACGCCUGCCACGAGUGUGGCAAGCGCUUCCGCGGCUGGUCGGGCUUCAUCCAGCACCACCGCAUCCACACCGGCGAGAAGCCCUACGAGUGCGGCCAGUGCGGGCGCGCCUUCAGCCACAGCUCGCACUUCACACAGCAUCUGCGCAUCCACAAUGGCGAGAAGCCCUACAAGUGCGGCGAGUGCGGCCAGGCCUUCAGCCAGAGCUCCAACCUGGUGCGACACCAGCGGCUGCACACCGGCGAGAAGCCCUACGCCUGCAGCCAGUGCGGCAAGGCCUUCAUCUGGAGCUCCGUGCUCAUCGAGCACCAGCGCAUCCACACAGGCGAGAAGCCCUAUGAGUGCCCCGACUGCGGCAAGGCCUUCCGCGGCCGCUCCCACUUCUUCCGGCAUCUGCGGACCCACACGGGCGAGAAGCCCUUUGCCUGCGGUGCCUGCGGCAAGGCCUUUGGCCAGAGCUCCCAGCUCAUCCAGCACCAGAGGGUCCACUACCGGGAGUAGCAGGCCCAGGAGGCUGUGGUUGAGCCGGGAGGGGGCAUGGAUGUGGCCUUGGAUCGAGGGGGUUCUAGAGGGAGGGCUCCUGCCUUCUCACCCUUCCUGCUGGCACCGCAUGCCAAGGGUCCUGAAUAAAUUCUUUUUAAUUGAUGGAAA